ACUAAUAUCACUUGAUUGUUAUACUGGAUUCCUCUUUUAUAGCAUAUAUGUGAAAGUUGGUCCAAUUCCGUCUGGCUAGUAGUAAAAACAGAGACAAGAAACUUAGAAUCCGAAUGCUAGAUCUUUAAUUAUAGGAAUUGUAGUCUCAUUCUUUGCUGCAAAGUUGAGAAUCUCCUGGGGUUGCUCUUAAGCUGUUUUUUGGAUUGGAUGGAACUUAUUUUCUAGAAGUGGGAAGAACUUUUGCAUAAGUUGAGAAGAGGCUACUUCCUUGUUAUUGUAGAAUAGAACAUUGUUAUGAUACUGUUUCCCAAAGGGUUGAUUCAGCUUUCAAAUUUCAUGGAGUAUCUGCUGUGAUGUUCCCCUUGAUGUUCAUGUCCUUGAGUUAAAUACUUUCUUGCUUGUUAUAUUGCCCAUGAUUUAAAGUGUAAAGUACAAUGUUCAAUUUUCUGGGACUUAGAAAGUUUUCAUUUUUUCACACCUAUCAUACUAAGCUUACCUUUUGGCUUUUCCUCUUUAAAGUGUAAAGUACAAUGUUCAAUUUUCUGGGACUUAGAAAGUUUUCAUUUUUUCACACCUAUCAUACUAAGCUCACCUUUUGGCUUUUCCUCUUUGCAGGUCUGGCCAAUCUCUCAGUCACAGAUUGUGGUGGCAAUGACCCUGAUCUCAAGGAAGAGAUGGAGAAGCAGUUUGUGGACCUCUUAACAGAGGAGCUGAAGCUGCAGGAGGCUGUUUCUGAAGAGCAUGCUCGCCACAUGAACAUCACCUUUGCUGAAGCAAAAAGGGUGGCUUCCCAAUACCAAAGAGAGGCAGAAAAGUGUAAUGCUGCCACAGAAACAUGCGAGGAGGCCAGAGAGCGAGCUGAAGCAUUUCUGAGAAAGGAGAGGAAAGUUACGGCCCUGUGGGAACAAAGAGCCCGACAAAUGGGUUGGGAAGUAGAAUAACUGGUUUCACAGAUUAUAAGCUAAAAACUCCUAGAUGAAAAUUUGAUUCACACCACCUUGAUAUUCAAGCAGUGAAAGCAUAAUGCUUGAGUUGUCUUUUGAUUCUUCGAAGGCGAAAGGCCACUUUUCUCUCCUUGUAGUUGCAUCUAUAAAUCUUUUACCUGUCGUUGCUGAUAUAUGUAAGUGGAUCUGUAAACUGUAUAAUUUAUAUAAUGUGAUUUCUUCUUGCACUUUUUCCACAUUUUCAGUAUUUUC